AUGUCGGGGGAUUCUACCAAUGAAAUGCUCAAAAUUCAAAGGAUAUGCAGUGGAAUACCAGAAGGACACCUUGAGGGAGCAAUGAAACUUCAUGCUGCCUUCGAGAACAUGCUGGACCGAUAUCGCACUAAAAUAUCUUUGGUGUGGAUCUUCGGCGACGUGUGGUGCGCGGUGUGGCUGGCGGUGGACGUGUGGAUGUGCACGGCGUCCAUCCUGAACCUGUGCGCCAUCUCGCUGGACCGCUACGUGGCGGUGACGCGGCCCGUCACCUACCCCAGCAUCAUGUCGCCGCGGCGCGCCAAGAUGCUCAUCGCGGGCGUCUGGGUGCUCAGCUUCGUCAUCUGCUUCCCGCCGCUCGUCGGCUGGAAGGACUCGCACACGGCGCAGCCCCGCCCGGAGCCCUGCCCCUGGACCUGCGAGCUCACCAACGACACGGGGUACGUGCUGUACUCGGCGCUGGGCUCGUUCUACCUGCCGAUGCUGGUGAUGCUGUUCUUCUACUGGCGCAUCUACCGGGCAGCGGUGCGCACCACGCACGCCAUCAACCAGGGCUUCCGCACGACGCGCGGCGUUCACUCGCGCUUCGACGACCAGCGGCUGACGCUGCGCAUCCACCGCGGCCGCGGCUCGCUCAACAGGCAGGACAGCAUCAGACGAGCCGAAGAUUGCAAGGGUGAUGGCUGGCAGAUCGGUGCAGACACUGUUGUGUACCUUUCAUGGAUGGCCAUUGAGGAACCGACUCCGAGGGAGGCCAGCGUCCCAGGAGGUGAAGACUCCGAGGGUGACGGCUGGCGAUUCGGUGAGGCGCGGCUGCCCUACCCGAGCAGCGACGCCAUCUGCGGCGGGGGCGGCGCCGGCGGCGGUGUGGGGGUGGCCUGCCCCCAGCCAGCGUCCCCAUGCGGGUCCCCGCCGCCCCCCGGCUCCCCGGGCAACAACAGCAGCACGGCCAGCACCAUCAAGUCGUCGUCCUUCUCCGCGUCGCCGCCCGGCUCCAUGGCGCGGCUGUACGCCGCCUCCAGUGGCCAGCAGCAACAGCAGCAGCACCUCAGGGUCACCGGGGCGCGCCUCGCCGCCUUCCGCCGCAACAGCAGCGUGCUAGUGGCCUAUGCACUUGGUGUUCACUUAUCUGCGGGCGACCGGACGGCCAAAAAAACUUCGAAUACAUUGGCCAAAGUAGCAGAAGGCGGCGGUGGCGGCGGCGGCGGAGACAAGUCUCCGUCGCCCACGUACGAAGACAACGGCGGCGGUGCUGCAGCCUCCGGGGGCGGCGCUUCCUGUGGAACUGGGGGCGGCAGCGGCCGGCCCAAGCUCAUCUCGCGCAUGGGCAAGCGCAACAUCAAGUCCCAGGUGAAGCGGUUCCGCAUGGAGACGAAGGCAGCGAAGACGCUGGGGAUCAUCGUGGGCGGCUUCAUCGUGUGCUGGCUGCCGUUCUUCACGAUGUACGUGGUGCGCGCCUUCUGCACCGACGCCGAGUGCAUCCCGGCGCCGGUCUUCUCCGUGCUCUUCUGGCUCGGCUACUGCAACUCCGCCAUCAACCCCUGCAUAUACGCGCUCUUCUCCAGAGACUUCAGUUCCAGUGAGUCUACAACUUUUGAAGACUUCAUCAAGUGGUGGGCCAAGUGA